AUGUCAGCUGAGAUCGAUUUCGAUAAUCUCGACUCAAUCUUCACGUUUAAAUCAAAAAAAUAUAAUAAACCUUCUGAAAAGAAUAAGUUUGGUCAAAGAGUUUGUUUUCUCUUGAAAUCUGCUCAAUUUUUUUCAACUAGUAACCCCAAUUUGAGUCGUUUCUACAUCAAGGAACUGGUUGAGGUUUGCGAAAAACACCUAAUAAGGUUAAGUCCCAAAGUUAAGAGGAAAUUUUGCAAAGGCUGUUACACAUACUUCGUUCAAGGCUUAAAUUCACAUACUACUGAACCACCUGAUCCUGUUAAUAAUUCGGAUACCAAUAGAUCUAAAACUGUCAAGGGUAAUCUAGCAUUUCUAACAUGCUUAAUGUGUACGAGAACUAGGGCAUAUCCUUACAAAACUUGA